AUGUUGGUAGACGAUACCUCUAUCCUACAAAGCGAAAUGCUCACAAAUACUGUCAUCGGUUCAUUCAGCCACUGUGUCACAUUGCCACCAACAACAACUCCUAGUUCAAUUCCCUCCACUUCGCAUGACUUUGAGAGUAGGAAUACACUUCUUGAUAUGAUACGAUGUGCAACUAUUGAGUCGUUCUGGAUUGCACACUUUAUGACGGAUACCACUUCUGAAGUGUUGAAAGAAAAGGGAACAGAAAACAAUGCAUUGCAUUUGAUCAUUCUGAAUAUGUAUAAACUGCGCAAAAACAGCGAAAAUGCAGAGGAACAUGAUCAGUGUCCCUGUUGGGGGCUAAACCCGGACCAGCUUCGCUUAACUCCUUGGGAAGGAGUAGCCGUCAGCUUGAUCUAUAAGCUGGUGCUAAAGAAUAAGUGUUCAAUCAAUGCAAAAAAUGCGGCGGGGAACGCACCACUUCAUUUAGCUUGUAUGCGACCUGAUGCGAGUAUCUUAGUACGCCACCUGAUUCGUCUUGUGAAACGGGAAGAUAUAAAUGGAGUGAAGCGAUAUCUGGGAAUGGGGUGUCGAACAAUCUGCGCGCAACCGACCGGGGAAAGUUUAUACGAAGCGGCCAUGUCAACGGGGGAGUACGAUCUGGUGCUCGAGAUAGAUCGAAUGCGCUCAACUAACGAGUUGAUCGUGGCCAGUCUGGCUCUUGAUCUGGACUACAUGCAAAAGUUACUAUCUGCUAGAUCAAGUGAGUCGUUACAAAAGAAGUAA